AGGGUAAGGUUGUGUUUUUCUUGCCCACCCUAGACCUCACUAUAGUGGAAAACUUGUGCAUUGGGUCGCCCUUUUUUAGUUGAAUUUUAUGCAUAUUGUGAGGAUAGCAAAUCCAUAGCUAGACGGGCCAUAGGUUUCGUUGCCAUUUUUGUUGUUACUUCUUUCUUUUUAUUUUCUCUUGCAUGGACUGGUGAGAAAAUCAUUUUUUCAAUUGACUGAUGUCUGAUCUUCUGCAAUCAUAUUUAAUGCUUGACAGUACUUUCAUGGUUCAUCUUUAGAAGAGAAAAUACUUGUUUAAUUGCAAGGAAAUCCAUUUUCCUCUUACUAUGUUACUCACAAGUCACAAUAUUCAGUUUUCUUCCUCAGUAGUGAGUUUCCACAUCUGAAAUUGAGAGCAAGUAGCCUUGUUGUUUCUUGAGAAGAGAUGGAAACCUACUGUCACUUGGUGAAUAUUGGCCAAGAACCUUUGUAUUUGGGAAAUUUUUGUUUUAAAUGUUACUUCUUUUCCCACAGAAGCAGGUAUCAAGAUCCAUCGUUUCUUGACUUUUGUAAUUGAUGAAGAAAACCUAAGCAAUUGGGAAGAUACAUUGUUAACUGACUAUUUUCCUUCAAUUGAGUUCUUUAGAAAGCAGAGAUUAUUAGCCGUCUCUUAUUGAUAACAUGCAGUUGGGUCAAUAUAAUUGCUCUUUGAUGGAUAGAAUGAUGUAUAUUCUUAAGUUAGUUUAGGUCAAUUCUACUUGUUUGUUUUUUCCAUUCUACAGUUGAAUUUUGCAACCAUUUUUAGAGUAAAAGAGUAGAGGGAUAUGGCUAUGGGGUUGGCAUCAUCACCCUUGUUUUCGGCUCCAAUCUUACUUAGAAGGCAGCUCAACCAUCACCACCCUCACUUGUUUUCAACUUUUGCUUCUCCUCAGCUUCCCUUUUCUUUAUUGUCCAGAGAAUCUGCAAUUUCAAAUCCUCGCCUACCCUCAUUAUGUUUUAUAAAAUCUACGGCUUGUAAAGUAUCUCGCAGCCCAGUGGAAGUUGAAGACGGUAUAAAUGAUGAGGCUUGUGAGCUAGUCAAUGGAGUUGAGAUUUCGAUAGGCGAGGGAGAUGACAGUAUCCUUGCUUGUCUUUUCACGGCAGUGAAGAACAACAAUGGAGCCAGCAUCUUGCUCUUGUCCGAUAUCUUAGGAUUUGAGGAUUCAUCCACUAGAGAUUUCGUAUAUCGUGUUGCCUGCAACGGUUACAAUGUACUAGUACCGAACUUGUUUCGUGGGGAUCCAUGGGCAAAGGACAGACCAAAGACUUUAUUUGAAGAAUGGCUGGCACAACAAACCCCGGAAAGGAUUGCAAAAGACAUUACAACCUCGAAAAAAUGGAUGAUGGAUGAGUUUGUAGCUGCAGGAAUCUCAAAGAAGCUUGAUAUCAUCGGAUUCUGCUUUGGAGGUGGCCGACUAAUAGAUGCGCUCGCCCAGGACGGGGGUGCCUGUUUUGGCAUUGGAGUUUCAUUCUAUGGCACAAGAAUUGACCCAUCUGUCGUUGCUAAUAUAAAGGUGCCUGUAUUGUUCAUUGUGGGUGACAAUGAUCCGAGUUGUCCGGUUAGUGCCUCGAUGUGA